AUGCAGAAUGCUGUUUACUGCAGCCUGAGGGAGCACAGAAGGUCUGUGACUGUGUUGCUGUGUGGCACAAGCGGGACUGGGAAGUCAACCCUGGCGUCGCUGCUGGCCAACCGGCUUGGCAUCACGACUGUCAUCUCCACAGACUCGGUCCGUUCGAUGUUGAGGAGCUUCAAUGACUCACGCCUCCUUGCAGCCUCCACCUAUGAGGCUGGUGACUACUUCGAUGCAGAGCGCACUAUUGGUCUGGAGGGGCUGAGCGACUCGCAGAGGGCUGUCAAGGGCUACAAGGCACAAUCAGAAAUGGUGAUGGAGCACCUGGGGAGACUGAUUGCAGAGUGCGAGGGGCGGAAUGAGUCAUUGCUGUGCGAAGGUGUCCACCUUAGCCUGAAUUUUGUCAUCAGGCUCAUGAGGAGCCAUCCCAGCAUCGUGCCUAUCCUGGUGUAUAUAUCCAACGAGGAGAAGCAUCGUGAACGCUUUGCGGUGCGAUCCAAGUACAUGGCAAUGGACCCCGCCAAGAAUCGCUAUGUCAAAUACUUGAAGAACAUUCGUGUCAUCCAGGACUUUCUGAUCCGAAAGGCUGAUAAGCACCUCAUCCCAAAAGUGGACAACACGAACGUGGACAGGAGCAUCGCAAUAAUCCACGCAUGCAUGUUUGGGUGUGUGAAGCGAAUGGCGAAAGGUGAAAAGAUGCUGGAUGCAGCAACCAACACAGCGAAAGCAGUCAAUGCUGAGUUCUCUGCUGUUAAGGACACCAUGGCUUGGAGGGGGAAAGCCAUGCUGGAGCUGAUUCGGCAAAAGGCGAUGCCCGACUUCCCCUGUGACCCAUCAACCAGCUCGGGCCCCUCUAUGUUCUCCUCCGAUGGCGGCGAGGACACCUCUGAGGCCUCCUUUGUGGAGCUGCCAAGGCUGACCUCCGAGCGCGUGAUGUCCAGCGACCCAGAGGAUGACAUUGCCUCCUACUGGGAGGACAGCAGCGAUAACGAGAAGGCGGGCAUGCCGGAGGCGUACGCCGAGUGCGGGUCGGUGUGGGAGAGCACAGACCUUGAGGAGCACGAAGAUGAGGACGAAGAUGGCUGGGGCCCGGUGGCUCUCCCAGGAGGGGCCCGUUCAUGCACGGACGGUGACUGGGGUCCCUAG